GAGACCGGAACCUUGGUACGAGCCUUUCGCUGUUCACGUGGGACAUGUUUUGCAGUGGCGCCCAUUUGUUUCAAACAGCUAGUAGCUAGUUCUGUGUCCUGGGUUUAUUGGGUUACCAGUAUUGGUGUUUUCAUUCUUUAGUCUUGGUUACGGGUGCACUGCCGUCAACAUGGAGCCUGCCUGUCGUAAAGACAAAACAAAGCUGAACUCCACCCCAACCAGAGGUGACCGAGCGAAGCAGAAGUCCGCACAGCAGGAGCUCAAACAGCGGCAGCGAGCAGAGAUUUAUGCUCUGAAUAAGGUGAUGACAGAGUUGGAGCAGCAGCAGUUUGAGGCCUUCUGUAAACAGAUGCAGUCACAAGGAGAGUGAUGAAAGUCCAACCACCUCUGGCUUCGUCUUCCCUCAGGACCAGGACCUAAAGCUCAUCCAAAGUCUCCACAUACGACACCAACUGUGACUGACACACACUUCAUUUAUGGUGCUGUAAAAGUAUUAUUAUAUACCUGAGGGUAAUGAGGUGAAAUGUCUGAAAUCUGAGAUCACUCUGUGAGAAUAGCUAAAGAAAUGUGUGGGGCUAAACUGUAUGCACCAACAAGCUUAUGCUACAUUUAUCAGAGCCCUUGGGUUUCAGUUGGAUUUCAAUCAACAAAAUCAAACAGUUGUUUACUAAUGUCUCUGCUCAAAAGAACAAAUAAUCCUAUUUAAUAAUAAUAAUAAUAAUCUUAUUUAAUAUAUGUAUUUGUUUUUGUACCUAUUGUAUUGUUUAACACAAUAACAUUUGCACAUUUAACAUUUAUAACAUCUGCAUUUGUCUGUAGAAAUAAUCCUGGUUCACUUUCCUACUCAGCGUUUAUUUGCUUGAGUCUAGGUCACUGUACUGGAGCUUGGACGGGCCCUUCAUACACUGUCUGUGUUAACGGUGCCCUCUCAAUGACCUGCACAAGUUACUGUUACAUUUCCGGUUUGUGGCUAUGCUAGUUUGUUUAUAUUCUUUGGAUAAACAAUAUAGUUUAUAACACAAUGAUAUUCAUUCAUAGAGUUAUGGAAUCAGCACGAAUAUAUUCAUUCUUAGAGUUAUGGAAUCAGUUGUUGGAAAUAAAAUAAAAUUUUUAAAAUGUG